GCCACCUGUUGCUUCUUUUCAUCGCUUACAAAACAAGAUGAUUGAAUUGCCCCUUUUGUUAUUGACUUGGCUAGGAUCCGGUGCUCUUUUGACCUCAUCUUCCGAAUUGACCAACGAGAUGGUUGUCAAGGACAUGUCUGACUUUGAUUUUGGACAAAUAGACAAUUUGGAUGGAUGGUUUGAGAGUUCGGACACCGUCAGAGAACCCGGCAAGUCCAAAGCCUCGUUUGUACUCCAGAAGACGCAGGUCUUUCAGAGAGCGAUCUUUUUUUCCGUGCUAAAUCCGCAAGAAAACGGAGCUGGAUUUGCAGGAUAUCGUGUUGGCACGGACCUCGAUCUCUCCGCCGUGAACGGGCUUCAAAUCCGAUGUCGUAGUCAAGGCUCUGCCACUCACUACAAGAUUCUGCUCCGAGACGAGUCUUCAAUAACCGGAGACGGAAGUUUCGAAGCCGUCUUUCAGCCUUCGUCAGAGAGCUUCACGGAGACUCAAGUUCCAUUCAGUGAAUUCAAGUUCUACUACCGAGGACAGGUUCAACCCGAUCAUGAGCCUUUGGACCGAUCCAAGAUCCUGAGUAUCGGGCUCCAAGUGUUUGGUGGGGUGUAUUCCGAGUUCAAACAAUCAGGGGCGUCGGCUUUGGAAAUUGAUUGGAUUAAGACGUUUACGUUGCAUUGGUUUCCGCACACAUAUGUGGUCAAAAGGUCAAAAGGUCGUGAUACAUUGGGAAGCAUUCAGGAUACUCCUACAUAACUGAAAGGGAACGAAAAAUACGCCUAAUUCAAGAAGACGCCACAUCAGCUUGUACGAGCAUUAUCCUGAUUUUGAAAGAUUACAACGUCAGAUCUGUGUAAUAAUACAUGAAAAGAAGCACGUAAUAAAGCUGGAUCUAGUCCGCA